AUGGAAGAUGUUAAUCUGACUGCUCUUCGACGGUUAGAUAACAGCGCUGUUGAGAUAUUGGAUGGACCAGCGUUUGUUGCUGUCUAUUAUUUCAGCCAAAAAUUGUCUAAAUGGGAAAAAAAGAACAUUGAAGGAACACUUUUUGUUUAUAAAAGAUCAGCAGUUCCAGCCAAUGGUUUCAUGAUAAUAAAUCGCCUGUAUUUGCAAGAUUUGAUUGAACCAAUCAAUACAAAUUUGGAGUUUCAGUUACAAGAACCAUUCCUUUUAUACAAAGAUUCUCGAAAUAAAUCCAUCUGCGGUAUCUGGUUUUAUGAUAAAGAUGAAUGUGCUAGGAUUGGUAAGCUCAUGAACAGUUUGGUACAAGUAGAGAAGAAGACACAUGUUAAAGAACAGUCGAGGCAGAGGAGAGCAUCAGAGAGUGACAUAUAUCUGUAUAGACGUGACUAA